AAAUAAAUAAAUUCAUAAAUAAAUUAAGUAAUGAUUACAAGACUGAUUUCUAAAUCAAAAUGUGUAUAUUUGGUUUUACUUAAAACAAGGAUUAUCAAAAAACGAACUUUUAAUCAAAUGAUCUAAAGACUCCAAAACAUCUUUAACGCUCAAAACUUGAAACGAACAUAUUUACUAUAUACUACUAUUUUGAGCAACAUUUAAAUGAGCGCAUGUUUGUUUGAGUGUGUGUGGCACACUGUGUGCACUUUUGGCUAAAAGCAAUUACAAUUUAAAUCAAAAAUGAAUUUGUAAUUUAAAAAAAAAAAAGAAGGGUAGAAUAUGAGAGAAGCGCAUUGAAAGGAAAAGGAGAACCUUUUUAUCAAAUUGCUGGAGAGCGUUGAAAGAGAAUGUGUCGUUGCGUUGCUGCAAAUAAUGUGCAAGAAGAGUAGCACAAAUUUGCAAAUGUCAGUAUGUUGCAUAUCUACUUACUUAUGUAUAUAUAUUGAGAGAAUUUCAGAGCGGGAGAUGUGAAGUUACUCAUAAAAAAGGGGUGCAAUCCCGUUUGAACUCGUCUGACUACACGUUCGAUACAAAAAGUUCCUAUAAUAUUUAAGAAUAUCAUCACAUUGAAAUAGUACAAAAAUAACGUUUCUAUGGACUCACUUCCAUAAAGCAACUAAUAAAAAUAACUCAAGAAAUACUAUAUACAAUUAAGAAACAAAAAACAAAGCAAAUGAUCAAAGCAUUUAUCCAACAUGUAAACCUUAAUCGCUAAUUCAAUAACCAAGAAACAAACCAACAAAAUAAUUCAAUUUACUCACAUAUGAAGAGCAGAAAGCAGAGUCGAAUCGAAUCAUUAUAAGGUCUCCGAAUUUCAUCGACGAAACGAUAAAUUCAUUGACAUUAUUCCCAGGACGGAUCCAUAAACAAUCGACCAUAAAACUUUUGCUAUGGGGGGUGAAUGACUCACCUAACUUUAUCGUUUUCCAAUACUAAUGACGGCUCUCCAAUGUCCAGUUCUGAUGUUAAAACUUUCAAUGGCAAAAUAGUAUACAAUCUUGAUGGCAGUGCGUUUAUUAUCGAUGCAGGGAAUGCGAAUGUCCCUUCCUGCACAAGUUUAACAUCUACAACGCUUACCAGCUCACUGUCGUCUACUUUCGAUGCGCAUUUAGUUGGACUGACGUCGACGUAUACAACUAAAACUGAAACUAGAACUGGAGGUGGAAAACGCGCCCAAGGAACAUCAUUGGCAUUGGCAAAUAAAGUCCGACUCUUACAGGAUCAAAUCGUUGAGGAAAACGGAGUUGUAAAGGACUAUCAUCAACUAAGUCCAAAAAUUCACUCGUUUCGUGUGGUCUCCGCUCAAGAUGUCAACGCACAUUGCGAGGACGGAGCUAAUGUAUUUCAAACGCAUUCGCACAAGCCCAUAUUGAUGUGCUUUAUCUGUAAAUUGUCAUUUGGAAACGUUAAUUCAUUUAGUUUGCAUGCGAAAGCAGAGCACGCGCUUAAUCUGGUGGAGCUUGAGCAGCAGCUGCUAAAACGCGAAUAUUCUAGUGCCAUCAUCCAGCGAAAUAUGGAUGAAAAGCCACAGAUAUCAUUCCUUCAGCCACUUGAUCCAGUCAACGCCGAUGUCGGUGAUUCUGGAAAUGGCUGCAAUUUGGUGGAGACUUCAGCAGUUAUAGCUCCUAAACGUUGUCCCCCCGACAGUGAUGGCAACGAUGAUCAUCGAAAUGACGACGAUGAUAAUAUUAGCGAUGAUGGCGAAAACGAUAUUGAGAAGGACGACGAAAAGAAAGAAAAUGCAGAUAAGACGAUUGCAAUAUCUAAAGUAGCAGUCAAUAGUACUGUGAAACUUAGUUCCUCAAAUCCAGCAACAAUAAAGACUAAUAACACCCCUUCAAAAUCAACAAGCUACAAUACAAAUACAAUCAGAACAACGACAACAACAUCGACAUUGACAUCUACAACGGCACCUUCAUCACAGUCAUCAUCAUCAUCAAACCUAAUGUGUGUCUCAUCUGCGUCUAUCUCUGCACCAGCUUUGGCUUCAGCAUCGUUGCUAAUUGACUUGGAAGUGCUGCAGCAGAAAAGUGAUGAUUCGCCUUUGGCAACUCGAACUGAUAAUCUAAGUAGCGAUAAGUUGAUACCAAUUGAACCCACAUCUUUCAUGAGUUCAAUAUCCCCUACAUCACGUCCACACCCAGCUGAUGCUGCUCAUUCCAACCAUUCGACAGCAGAAGCUGCGGAUGCAUCAGAAGCCAUCGGAGCUGCAUCAACUGCGGCAGACAUAUUGCAUCAGCAUCUAAUUUCCCUGCAAGGACCACAGCAAUCAGUGCAUUCCACUGGCGGUAUCUUCCCACCGAUAGAAGCUCCAGCUCACACGCAUCUUAGUUCCUUUCAUGCAUCCCUGGCUGCACUGGCGGCAAACGAGCAAAAUGCUAGGAGUGUCAAACUACUUUCGGACUUUCUUCAACAACAACUUCAAAAUCAACAGCAGCAGCUACUUAUGCUCCCCAGCAAAUGCCCCGAACAUACAGACUUUAAAGGAGUCGACUGCAAAACAUGCGAGUUAAUAGAUAUUCAAACUCGCACCAAGUCACCAGGUACACUACAAUCUUCAACUCAAUGUCAACCACAAAGAUCUCCGAAUACCAGUUCUAGUGGGGGAUUGACAACUCCGAUGCCCAUGCCCAUCUCCCCUAGUGCAUCAUCAGCUGUCAAUAUGGGCAGCACGACGACUGCGUCCAGCUUCACAAUUGGUGCCUGCUCUGAUCAUAUUAACGGACGUCCUCAAGGAGUCGACUGUGCUCGUUGUGAAAUGCUUUUGAAUUCUGCCCGCUUAAAUAGUGGAGUCCAGAUGUCAACACGUAACUCAUGCAAGACCCUUAAAUGUCCGCAAUGUAAUUGGCAUUAUAAAUAUCAGGAGACAUUAGAGAUUCAUAUGCGCGAAAAACAUCCGGAUGGGGAAAGUGCCUGUGGUUAUUGCUUAGCAGGUCAACAGCACCCACGACUGGCAAGAGGUGAGUCCUACUCAUGUGGUUAUAAGCCAUAUCGCUGCGAAAUCUGCAAUUAUUCCACGACAACCAAGGGCAACUUGUCUAUUCACAUGCAGUCCGAUAAGCACCUGAAUAACAUGCAGGAGUUAAACAGCUCACAGAAUAUGGUUGCCAAAUUACUGCUGCCCAGUUCCAGUUCUUCCCAGUCACAAGGAGUCGGUCUGUCGGCGACAUCUCAGCAACAGCAGGCAUCGUUGGGAUCUGGCGCUGGCUCUGGAUCGUCGUCCAGUGGCAGCAUCAGUAAUAAUGCCACCAACAGCAAUGUAAAUAAUACUUCAGGUUCGCCUGCGUUGCCGUCGUCAUCUUCGGCAGGAGUUUCAGCCAAACCAAAACCUUCAUUUCGUUGCGAUAUAUGCAGCUAUGAGACAUCUGUGGCGCGUAAUCUACGCAUUCAUAUGACCAGUGAGAAGCAUACCCACAAUAUGGCUGUGCUCCAAAAUAAUAUCAAGCACAUUCAGGCCUUCAACUUGCUGCAGCAACAGCAACAGCAACAGCAAUUGGGUCCUGUAGCUGGAGCUGGUGGAAGUGCCAAUAGCUUUCUGCCUGUUUCAGAGGUGGCAUUGGCCGAUUUGGCUUAUAACCAGGCUCUGAUGAUUCAACUAAUUCAACAGAAUGCAGCCGUUCAACAACAGCAGCAACAGCAGCAAAAUGCCACAAAUUGCACCAAAAUAUCACCCACAUCGCCAUCGACAGUUAGCAGUACUCCUGAUCAAUUCACAUACUCGCCAAAAGCAUUAAGGAUGGGCUUGAGUAUGGGCAUGGGUAUAGCGACACAUUCAAGCGAAUCUUCAUCGGGCGAUACGGACACAACACAAUCAGGCCUCUCGUCCAGCAGCUUGCCAGAUUUGUGGCCAACCGCGAUGUAUAGUUGUCAAGUAUGUGAGUGCUUUAGCACCAACAAUAUGGAUGAACUUAACCAGCAUUUAUUAUUGGAUCGCUCACGGCAAUCGUCGAAUAAUUCCCCCGAAAUAAUGGUCAUUCAUAACAACAAUUAUAUAUGCCGAUUAUGCAACUACAAGACGAAUCUAAAGGCAAACUUUCAGUUGCACAGCAAGACAGACAAACACUUGCAAAAGUUGAGCUUCAUCAAUCACAUUCGCGAGGGCGGUGCAAGGAAUGAGUAUAAGCUGCAGCAGUAUCAUCAACCUCAACUAGCUACAAACGUGGUACAAUUAAAGUGCAAUUGCUGCGACUUUCACACCAACUCCAUUCAGAAGUUAUCGUUGCACUCACAGCAGAUGCGACACGACACCUUGCGCAUGAUAUUCCAACAUUUACUUUAUUUAAUUCAGCAAAGUCAAAUGCGAAAGCUAGUGCAGGAUGUGCCAAUGGAUCAACAUGAGGACCACCAUCCUCAAAAGCUGUUGGGCUGCCAGUUGUGCAAUUUUCGGGCCAAGAAUUUGUAUGACAUGAUUGUGCAUGUGAAAGGACUGCGGCAUAUGCAGGUCGAGCAAUUCAUUUGCUUACAGCGGCGAAGUGAAAAUCUCGAGAUGCUUGCUCUUAACGAAGUAUUUAAAAUUUACGAUGAAUCAUCAAGUAACAAUGAGGAUGGGAAUUUGGGUGUUGGACUAAACUUGUCAGCAACAGUGGAAUUGGUCGAAGGAUUAGAAGCAGAUUCUGCAUCAGUCAGUUUAACAUUGGCAGAUAAUAAUAUAUUUUCCCCAGCUUCCAUAUCGAGUGGUUCUACAAUCGGUUGCAAAAAUACAAAUCUGAAUCAAAAUUCAAAUACAAAUGAAGCGACAACAGUUUUUAAAUGUAAUCUCUGUGAAAAUUUUUUACCAUCGAAAAAGGAAAUGAUUUUGCAUUUGGAGGCAAUGCAUCCAACAGCAGAAAGCGACGAUUUCAUUAGCAUACCAACCAACACUACGGCGUUGCAGGCAUUUCAAACAGCUGUGGCGGCUGCUGCACUUGCGGCAGUACAACGUUGCAGUAUCACGCCCACAACAGCCGCAAAUGAGGGAGAAGAUGUUGACAUAUCUCAUGCAAGUGCAACUGCAGUUGGUCUUGAUUGUGGUCCUGGUCUUGGCCAUUUUAAUAUUAAACGGGAGCAGCUAGAUAGCAAUGAAAAUAGAGCCGAUGAACAGGACAACACAGAUAAGAACUCCAACGAUUUAGAAUCUCAACGGGGUAUGGAUGAAUUGCGACCAAUGAUAGCGGCAUCAUAUUCUGAGGUGUCUUGCCCAUUAUGCUUGGAGCAUGGCUACAGUGAAAGAUCCUUAUUAGAGGCACAUCUGAUGAGUGUGCACAAUGUGAUGCGUGAUGGUUUAGACAGAUUACUGCAGCUUGUCGACCACAAGACCUGGCAACGAUCGGCAUCAUCGUCGUCAUCUAAAAAAAUUGAAGACGAGGACUUGCCCAAAGGAAAUGCCGACAAUCAUGCAACUGCAACCACAUCCAUAAUAACGUCAUCCAACAUAACGACGACAUAUUCCUCUUCUACUGGAGGUGACAUCGGAAUCGUACAGGGCAUUUGUUGCCAACAAUGUGACUCCUCGUUUAAGCACGAGGAACAGCUACUACAACAUGCCCAGCAGACGCAGCAUUAUCCAAUGCAAAACAAUGAGUACAUUUGCUUAGCCGUUUGCCACGUGCAACGUCCGUGUUUUAUGAGAUUCCAAACACUCCCGUCAAUGUUGGCUCACUUCAAGGAUGUACAUAUGAGUCUCGUGUUCUCUGAGCGACAUGUUUAUAAAUAUCGUUGCAAACAAUGCUCGCUGGCAUUUAAAACGCAGGAGAAACUGACAACACACAUGUUGUACCACACCAUGCGAGACGCCACCAAAUGUUCCCAGUGUCAGCGCAACUUCCGCACUACUCAAGCUUUGCAAAAGCACAUGGAGUUGGCGCAUGGCACCGCCGAUGAUGUUCCACGAGAUCUGGUCUCACCUGUAUGCAAUGCAAAUAAUGAUAUAGACAAGAUGCCAAACGAUACAAACAUAUUUGACCUAACUACCAGAGCACCUAGCGAACAAGCUGUGAAAAUGAGUGAGAUAGUAAAAAAUACUUCGGAUCGUUCGCGAUCACCGAUCACCGAGCGAGAUUCGCCAGCGAAUGGAUCGAUUCGAGCUUCAACACCUCCUUUACCAACUGAACAGCAACAACAAUUAGCUGCAUUAAGAGCCUCAUUGGUUAAGAAGCAAGAGCAAGACGUUGAAUUUGUUGACGCAGUAGAUGCACAGCUGGCAUGUCAAUUACAAGGGAAAGGUCAGCACAUACAACAACAGCUGCAGGACAAUUUGCGAACGAUGAAUUCGCAAGGUCUGCAAAGUCUUCAGAAUUUCCAGCAAGCGCAACAACAAAUAAGCAAUGCAGCCGCCGUAUCGGGCAUGCCUAUUAAUCCAGUGGACAUGCUCAACCUAAUGCAAUUCCAUCAUCUCAUGUCGCUAAAUUUUAUGAAUCUGGCACCGCCAUUGAUAUUUGGAGCCAACUCUGCCUCUACCGGUUGUAGUACCCCGUCAACAGUAACGGCAGCGUCGACAGUUGCACAGAAUAAUAAAAUUUCAAACAUCUCUUCGACGGGACCAGGAGAGAUCUCAACAUCUGCGACAGUGGAAGUCCCUUCUAAUAUAAACACUAUUCUUGGACAGUCAACUGGUGGUAACAAUCAGCAACAAUUAUCGAACAAUCAAAAGCGAGCUCGCACCCGAAUCACAGACGACCAACUCAAAAUUCUACGUGCCCAUUUCGACAUUAAUAACUCACCUAGCGAAGAAAGUAUUAUGGAAAUGUCGCAAAAAGCUAAUUUGCCAAUGAAAGUGGUGAAGCAUUGGUUUCGCAAUACAUUGUUUAAGGAACGGCAACGCAAUAAGGAUUCACCCUAUAACUUCAAUAAUCCGCCAUCAACUACACUUAAUCUAGAGGAAUACGAACGCACCGGUAAUGCAAAGGUGACAUCUCUAACCGAUACUGCAGCUAUAACUCCAAUAUCAACAACAACAACAUCAUCAGUAUCAGUUGGGUCAGGUGCAGAAAUUACGACUAUCUCAGCAAACGCUGCAGCUUCGGAGACUACAAUCACAAAUGCAUCUUCCUCGCGUUCAACGGUAAAUGUACUCAACAAUUUAUCAGACUGUUUCCAAACGCACCAAGUCGAAAUGGGAUUCACGAAAUCCGAACAGUCAGAUGAUUUUGGGAAUAUGUCAUUGCCACUUGACGUCCAAAUUAAGACUGAGUUUCAAGAUGACAAUUUAACUACCGCGUUAGAGAAUCAACAUCAACAUCAACAGCUUCAACAGCAACAGCAUCCAUUUCAAUUUUUAAAGCAGCAAAAAGGAGACACAACAGCAGACUCACUUGAAAACGUGCAUGAUCAGUCACCUAGUACAUCGUCUCAGCAACUUCACCAGCAACAGCAGCAGCAACAGCAAGUUAAUUGCUUCGAGACCAAGUCGGAGAGUGGCAGUUCUGAUGUACUUUCCCGCCCACAAACUCCCAAUCUUUAUAACAGCAUGAAUGAUUUGCUUAGCCAACAGUUGGACCACAUAGGCAGUAACAUGGGACCACCAAAAUUACAAACAGCUGGUAAAUCAUUUGAGAAACUAACAGGAUCAAUUGCACCGGGAGCUGCAACGUGUUCCCAACUGGACAAUAAUUCAUCAAAUUCGUCGAAUUCAUCCUCUUCGACUUCGGGUGGCAAGCGAGCAAAUCGAACGCGUUUCACCGAUUAUCAAAUCAAAGUACUGCAGGAAUUUUUCGAAAACAAUUCGUAUCCAAAGGACAGUGAUUUGGAAUAUUUGAGCAAAUUACUGUUGCUCUCCCCACGUGUAAUUGUCGUUUGGUUCCAAAAUGCUCGUCAAAAGCAGCGCAAAAUCUAUGAAAAUCAGCCGAACAAUUCGGUAUAUGAGUCCGAAGAGACGAAAAAACAAAACAUUAAUUACGCAUGCAAAAAAUGUAACUUAGUUUUUCAGCGAUAUUAUGAGUUGAUAAGGCAUCAGAAGAACCAUUGCUUCAAGGAGGAGAAUAAUAAAAAGUCAGCCAAAGCACAAAUUGCUGCGGCACAAAUCGCACAAAAUUUGAGUUCAGAGGACUCCAAUUCAUCCAUGGAUAUACACCACAAUCCAGUUCCAGUUGGAGUGGGAGCUGUAGGCUUGUCGCAAAAUGUUGCAGCUGCCGCUGCUGUUGCAGUUGCUGCUGCCGCAGCUGCUGCGCAUUCGCAGUUUAGUUCGUCGCCAUCGCCGCAGCAUUUGUUCAGCAAAUCAUCAUCGCUAACUGAUUUCAGUCCAUCGACGACACCAACGCCACCACAACGAGAGCGCAGCAAUAGUUUAGAUCAACAACAACCACAACAGUCACAGAGAUUGCUCAAGCUUGAGUGCGAUAAAUGUGAACUCCAAUUUAAUCACUUGGAUUCUCUGCGCGAGCAUCAAUUAAUGCACUUAAUGAAUCCAGGACUUUUUAAUUCAUCCGAUCAGGCAUCUUAUGGUCCCUUCGGUAGCAUUUUGCAAAGUCUACAACACGCUGCACAACAACAGCAGCUGCAUCAGCAACAGCAUUUACAACAGCAUGAGCAGAUUGAACAACAGAUCUCAGCACCCGCAGCAAAAAAGCGAAAAAUCUCGGAUAAUGCAGAGGAUGCAACAUCUUUAAGUGAAUUUGAAACGUCAAGCAUCAGCAAUUUUAACAAGAGUUACGAAUUUCUUUUUCAAUACUUUAUGUUAUAUGAAACCAAUACUGAGACUAAACAGCAAUUCUUAAACCAACGACAGCAGCAACGGACUGGCGGUGCACAAGAUGAGCUUGACUUCUUAAGCAAUUUUUAUCAGCAAAGUGAGCUAAAGAAAAUUAAUAGCUAUGAUUUUUUACUACAAUACUAUCGGCAACACAAUGAAGAGACACAGCAAAAGGAGCAGCAAUCAUCAUUUAGCUCGAGUAAAAAGCCAACAAUAGAAUUUCUGCUGCAAUACUAUCAACUUAAUGAGUCGAAAAAGUUUUUUCAGUUAGUUGCCUCGACCAACAGAACAGCUGAUGGUCAAACUGAUGAUGAAACGGUACCGUCGUCACAGCAGCCGAAUGUGGCGACGGAUGAAACUCACAAGUAUAUCGGCAAGCGAGAAGAACAGGAAAAAGCGAAAACAGAAAUAGAUUUAAUUUAUUCUAAAGCGAAGUCGCACACAAAUGGAGGAGCUUCAAUGGGAAACCAUAAAAGGAAUUGUCAAAAUGGAUUUGGACUUCCCAGUACUGAAACUAAUAAUGAUUCUAUUGAACCACUCAAUAAUAAUAAUCAUAUCAAUGUUAACUUAGGUGCGGCUUUAGGCAUGCACUUCGAUCUAACAAGACAUUCUUCGAUAACUGAUAAUGCAACUGAAAAUGAUAUUGUUAAAGAUAAUGAGCGACCUGAUGAUGAUGGGUCAAAUAUGGGAAUUAAUAGCGAUACAAAAUUUAAUCACAUUGGACUUUUACGCAGCAGCGAAAAAGUUAGACAUUCAAGCGAUGUAGAAAAGUCACAAUAUUUUCAAAACCUAGAAGAAUUUCUUGAUGCUACAAUGAUAGAAAACAACUCUCAAAUGUUAACAUUCAACGACGAUGAUACGAAUCCAACUAAAAUUGAAAAUAUUAACACAUCUGCCUCAGUCAUUAUCAAUGGCAAUACAAAUACGAGUGCAAAUGACUCUCUGCCCUCUGAUUCGUCAUCAGUGCAGUUAAAUGCCCCAUCAAAACAAAAUAAACGUCUGAGAACAACAAUUCUGCCAGAACAAUUGAAUUUCCUUUAUGAGUGCUAUCAAACUGAAUCGAAUCCCAGUCGCAAAAUGUUGGAGGAGAUUUCCAAAAAAGUUAAUCUUAAAAAACGCGUAGUUCAGGUGUGGUUUCAAAACUCACGGGCAAAGGAUAAGAAAUCUCGGAAUCAGCGUCAAUACUCGCACAUUUCCGAUGACAACAACAGCAUUGAUGGAUCCAACAGCAAAGAAACCGGAAACAGCAACAACAACUCUAAAUAUAAAUGUAGUCGUGAACUGGCCGCCGUACAAGAAAGCAAAGUGAUCACAUCCUCCAGCGCUGCAUCAGUUGAUGGAGAGCAACCUCAAAAGUUGUUGCAAGACUGUCAAUUGUGCCAAAUGCCGCAGGUUAAUAUGCAAACGCAUGCCAUUAGCGUCCAGCACAUUUGCAAGAUGAAGGCAUUUAUCGAGCAAACCAGCGAACUAUAUAACCAAAGUAAUGCCAGCGGUAGCGAAGACAACGAUUCUGACCGGGAGAAACGCUUCUAUAGUCUCUCGAAAGCAUUUUUACUGCAACAUGUUGUCAAUAAUAUGACGAGCAGCACUUUGACAUCCACAGCUCUAAAUGAAAAUCACUGUGAGACUGUGUCUGAGAUGGACGACAACUUAUCUGGCGCAAUGGCAAACGACUCUAGCAAUAACGACAAGAUCAAGGAGAAAGGAAAUGUCCAGGAAAACGGAAAUGGAAAGGUAACAGCAGUUGGCACCGCUUUCACCCCAAUCGAUAUAACUGUAAACGAUCAUAUUAACAACGAUGAAGACGAAGAAAUGAGCGAGAUUAGCAGAAAGAAAUCUUCGGCAAAUCGUGAUCUUAUGCAACAGUUGUUUAACCGCAAUCACAUUACCGUUAUAGGUGGCAAAUAAAUCGGAAUAAUUUCGCUGGAAAGCUGCGUCUUUGGAUCUACUGCUACAGAUUCUUCUUGUGGGAUUAAAUAAAAAUAAAAAAUGGAUAAAUUUCAUCGAAGAUGUACAACAUGCAAGAUCGUAAAUACAUAUAUAUGAAUAUGAAAGUUUUAAAAAUAUUUGCUUACAGACAUACAAGUCAUGAGCAUACAAGUAAAAAUUUAUAUUGUACUAUGAAAAAUUGAAAGUUCCUAUUUUAAAGAAAUUUAAAUCAUGACAUUUCAUGAAAUUAAAUAUAUACAUAUUUAUGUAAAAGAAAAACAUCAAUAUUAAGAAAUGGAAUUGUAGCAUUAAUUAUAAAUUAAACGGAAUUGUUCCUAAUGAUUUAAAAAAAAUAUAUAUAUAUAUAUAUUUAUAUAUCUAAUAGCUUUAACAGAAACAUUAUACAUAUAUUAAAAAGCAACAUGGUCAAAGAUGAUAAAAGACGAUCAAUUGGUAUAUAGUAAUUUCGUAAAGUGAAAGCCAAUUCUUCUACAUACCAGGACAGACAACAUUUAAAUGACACGUCUAAAUUACUUAGAGAUACAUAAAUAAUAUACAAUAGACAUACUUGUAAAAUAAUGGAAAUUAUUUUAUUCAGAUUCAAAAGUAUUAUACACACUAGAGUCCGUCAGAAAAUAAUGGAGAGUAAGUAGCGAGAAAAGAGAUGUAAACUGAGUUCCUAGCAUAUUAUUGCUUUAUGCCUUUGUUUUUCUAUUUAAAUAUUAAAUAGUAAUUUAAAUUAUAGUUAUAACUGCAUAGUAAUAACUACAUAUAUGAAAUAAAAAUACUUUUAUAUCCGAGCUAUGAACAAACUAAAAAUUUCGGAUACCUGUCUAACAUACAUAUGUUUUAAAUUUGUAUUGAAAUCAAAUAUAAAUUCACGCAUACAAAACAUAAAAACAAAUAUGAAAAUUAAGUUUGAUUUAAUUAUAUUCAUUACAUUUAAAUUUCUUCUUAACCAUGUAGCAUUGACAUUUUGACUUGCUUAUAGAUAAUAUAUAAACAAAUGUGCCAAUACUUUACUUUAUACGUUUAUACUCACUUAUCAACUUAACUACAUCACUAGCAUUUGGACAUUUCUACAAACGUCGACGUGUAUGUAGAUUAAUAUUUUUUUUAAUCGUAUGACAUCAAUCUGACAAUUUUUUGGUGGAAAAAAUGCAGAGAUUUCGGUCGAAGUAAAUACUAGCAGAACAGUUGCCCUUUAAGAUAAAUUAACUACGCGUAUUAUUAUUUUUUAAAUUGUUUAAUUUAAUAAUCUACGGAUAGAAGAAAGGAGAACACUUGAAUAAGCUUGAAAUUUGAGAUAUCCGCUACACAUUUUUAUAAAAGAUAAAAAAAAAGUGAAUUUUAUCUACAACUACCCCACAUUUAACGUCAUCCGUUUAAUGGAUUGUUGUAUUUCAGAUCACUUGAACUUAUAACAAAAAAAAAAAAUACAAAUACUGCAGAUUGAGCUCAUUGUAUAAAUGAUGUUAAUUUGAUCCUAUUAUUUUUUAGUUUAUUUUUUUGGUUCUAUCAAAAUAUUUGAGACUUUUAUCUGUUUAAUUGAAGAAUAUUUUCUCAAAAAUUACCUAAUUUUAAACAUUUUGACAAUUAGAUUUAUUUUUUGAUUGAAUAAACACCUCCAUAUAAAUAUUAAUGAAUUUAAGUCUGAUUAUAUUCAAGCUAGUCUCCUCAUCUUGAAGAUAAACUCAUUAUUUUUAUAGUAACAUAUGAUCAGAUUACAAUGCUAAAUUUAAAAUGAUGAAUUUAAUUCCUGAAUAUGUUAAGAAGACAAUAUAUAAAAAAGGAGCAUCUUAAUAUUUUACUAUUGACAACAACAAAUUUUUUGAAAAAUUUGAAAUGUAUCUAUGGUUUUUAUGAUUUAAGUGUUAGCAGUGUUUGAGUUUAUUAUCGUGCAUUAUUAUGAAUUGUUUGCUUAGUGCGUUUAUCUAUUAUUUUAAAUUGUAUUUUACAACUUAAUAUUGUAACAAUAACAACCUAUGCAUAAUCUUC